AUGGAAGAACCAACCAAACGUGUGACCAGAGUCAAUCGUGGUCAAAAUAUGAAAAGACAUAUUGAGGAGUUAUUAUCCAAUGAUGUAAAAUACUUUAGCAGUCAAAGUGUUGAUUCUACAAACAAGAAACAAAAGGUCAAAAAAAAUGCAACCAAAGACGUGACAGUGACCCAAUCAAACACAGAAGAUCAUGCUGAUGAGUCAGAUGAUGAAGUGAGGUGUCGGCCAUGUGGUGCCACAAAAGAUAAUUAUGAUGAAGACGAGGAUACUUUAGGAGAUAUGGUACAGUGUGAUCAAUGCAAAACUUGGCAGCACGCAAAGUGUAUGGGAUAUAAAACCAAACGUUCCAUACCCAACAUCCAUAAAUGUGAUGUUUGUACAGGCAAACCCAUACCACAAUCCAAGACAAACCCAAAGAAAACCACCACCAAGACAGAGGAAGAAGAAGAAGACACUAUUGAGAUUACUGAUGUUAACGAGAAGAAAAGUGUCGCUAUUUUAAAGGAUGAAGUUAGAAUCAGUACUUUUAAAGCAUUCUACAAUUUCUUUAAAAAGGUUAUCCCUAAGGAUGGUGAAAACACUAGUGAGGAAGCAAUAGAAUCUCGAGUUAAUGAUAUGGCAUUGGAAAUUGAAAGUAUAAUUCAUGAGGAAUUCCCUGGCAAGGCUUAUCCGACAGAGGGAAGAAGGAUUUUGUUUGUAUUGAAAAAGCACUUUAUGCAAGAAAUAUUUGACGGUACCAUUACGUUCAAAGAUGUUAUUCAUAAAACCCCACAAGAAAUCAAUGCCGAUAUUGUUCGAAUUGAAAAACAAAAUAAAGAAAAUAUCAAAAACAUUAUUCUCACGGAAAACGAUACUACCCAGAUUAUACGAAGAACUCACAAGGGGGAAAUUGUUAAAGAGAAUGAUUUUGAAAAUUCAAACCAAAUUGACGAGAGUAUUGCCACAAGGAAAGUCGAUCACCGUCAUUUUUCUCCAGAGAUAGUUCCAGAAUCCAAAUUUAGAUCCCAUACAAAAACUCAAAGUAAAGGCUAUAAUAACUUGAAUCCAAGAUUUGAAGAAGACGAUGACGAUGAAAUUGUAAAUCAAAACAAUGAAGAAGAAGAAGAAGAAGAAGAAGAAGAAGGAUCGGUAGCCACAGUAACAGAAAGCUCCGGGACAAAUCCACCUCAAAGUGAGAACAAGAGCACACCUAAAUCUUCAGAGUCACUAAGUGACGUUGAUACAUUAAAUCAUAAUGAUGCUGACGAUAGCCAUCUCUAUUCAUUUUUAUCCGGUGUUGAAAACUCUGUAACCAAUAAUACAAAAGUUGAAAGCAAGCAUGUUUGGUCGGGUAGAAUCACAUUUCCUGAGUUUGCAACUUUCAAAGCCAAAGGCGAGUUUUACACUAGCACCGAUUACAAUGAUAAACCAAUGGACCACUUAAUAAAUACUGCUAAGGAUAUUUUACAUUUACCUUCGUAUACUAUUCUUGGAAGACUUGAUAGACAUGUUGCUGAUAAAUACUUACCAAAAGUAAUUGGUUCUCGAGAUUUUUAUUUUGUUCAAAUAUUAAAUGACGAUGACAACGAUGAUCAAUUCCAAAAAUUGUAUCAAUAUUUGCUAAUUAAGAAUAAAGUGGGUGUUUUAAGCGGUCAGCCUUCUUUUGUCAAAGAUUCGUAUUUGAUUCCAAUUGACUUUAGGGAUGAAAAUUUACCCCCAUUUUUGAAGAAUUCUAGACGUGAUUUAAGAAUUGGAUUGUUUGCUUUAUUUGUGGUAAGAAAGGAUUACCAACCAAGACCAAGAAGCUCUGUAACAAAUAGCAGCAACCAUUAUCACCAUGUAGAGGAAAGGAAUCGAUCUUUAUCUGCAACAGGUGAUUCUACAUCUAGUGCUAGUGCACAUUCAGUUGAAGCUAAACAGGAAACAAAGGAGCCUCGGUUGGAUGAUAUUUUAAGUCAGCUAAAUUGA